AUGUCGAAGCUCGCGAGCGCGAGUGCGCGAGUAAAGCAGGUCCUGACAGAUCCCAAGGUGCAGGCGACGAAAGUCAAGGCGCACAAGGUGAAUGUGAGCGUGCUUAGGGAGAUCUUUAUGGGCCUGUCGCUCGGCGUCGUCGGCGGUCUGGUGUGGAAGACGCACCACUGGAACCUGCGACGACAGACGGAAGAGCUUUACGCAGGUCUUGAGACAGGGGAGUUGAAGGCUGUCUUUGAGAGUUGA